ACAUAUACAUACAACCUUCUCAGACACCAGAACGAACAAAUCCUAACAAAGUCAAAUAUUUUGAGUUGUUAGUUCCAGUUUCCAACCCAAAACAAAAAGACAAGAUUUUUUUGGCGAAACCAUGAACGGAGCUACGCCGGAGCACGGUGGCUCGGCUGCGGAGAAGCGGCUGAGCAUGAGCUUCCUCGUGUCGCUCAUGGCGCUCUGCGCGAGGCACGCUAAGAAGAUAAAGCUCAAAACUCGGAAUCUCCGGCGAACCCACCUCGAUGUCUACCUGAAAAGCCCCAGAUUCGGCGGAGGCGGAGACGGCGGAGGAAAGUACGAGUGGUACACUCCGCCGCGGUCGCCGCUGAGAGGGAGGCCGAAGGAGUUGUUCACGAGCCUGAGCAACAAGGCGAUGACGAUGCUUCGCCGGAAAAAGCCAGGGCACGGUGGUGGAGCGACGGGGGAGAAGGCUUUUGUGGCGGAAGAAGCGGAGGAGUACGGUGUUUGGCAGAGGACGAUCUUGAUGGGGGACAAAUGUCAGCCGUUGGAUUUCUCCGGCGUGAUCUACUACGACAGUAACGGAAGGCAGAUAACGGAGUUGCCUCCCCGUUCGCCACGUGGCAGUCCUUUGCUCGAUUACCCAACCCGUUCUUUUGUUGUAUCACCGUUAAACCCGACGGUCUCCACCAACUGAAGGAGAGUUGUAUGACGUGUCGAUAGGUCAUUGGUCAAUCUUUUAGGAGACUCCGUGUGCCGUACUCGCGGGUCUUUUUUUUUAGAUAUACACCAAUACAAGUAUAUGUAUAAUUAAUAUUUUUCACGAACAAAAAGUUUCUGUUUCAAAUUAGAUCCAAAAGUCAACUACGAAAAUGGUUGUUGAUUAUAAUUAUUCAUUAGUCGGUGAGAAUG